ACGCAGGAAUGCACUUUCAUUUCAGUGAUUGCGAAGUAGCAAAACACACUAUCCCGCGGACUGCGUCACCAGCAGAUUUUCUUAAUUCUUAUAAAAUAUGAGCGGGGGAUUUAGCACGUGCCGUUCGGUGCUGAUCACAGGUACGAGCAGGGGCAUCGGACUCCAAAUGGUAAAAGACCUGGCGAAAAGUAACGAGGGGCCGGACAGAGUUUUUGCGACGGCCCGUAAGCCAGCGGAUGCUAAGGAGUUGCAAGAUCUGGCCAGAAGUAAUUCGCGUGUACACAUUAUAACUCUCGACGUGAACAGCCAGACCAGUAUAGACACCGCCGUACAGGAAGUGACGUCACUGGUGGGAAACGAGGGGCUGAACUGCCUGAUAAAUAAUGCUGCCAUCAACAUAACCGGUGAGCUUGAGACGGUGACUGCCGACAACAUGAUGAAGGUCUUCGAAAGCAACGCUGUGUCACCGCUCAUGGUCACCAAGGCGUUCCUGCCGUUGCUGAGGGCAGCAGCUACGCGGGGAAGCGGGAUGGGCAUCCACAGGGCUGCCGUGGUGAACAUGUCCUCCGGCCUUGGCUCCAUCCAGCUGAACUGGGGCCCUGACUUCACCUUCAUGGCCUACACGUACAGGACCUCCAAGGCGGCUCUGAACAUGCUGACGCGGUGUCUGGCGCGGCAGCUGGAGGCAGAGGGGGUCCUGUGUAUGGCUCUGCACCCAGGCUGGGUGCGCACAGACAUGGGAGGGCCCACGGGUAUGCUGAGUGUGGAGGAGAGCACCUCUGGUUUGCUCUCAGUCAUCGCUGGAUUGUCAGAAAAAGACCACGGACAAUUCCAGAACUACAAGGGCGAAACCCUGCCUUGGUGAAGAUUUUGUAUCUGGACCGUUUAUAUCCGAGCAUCAGUGGAAAUUUGAACCAAAUUUACUGUCGUACUGCAAAUUUCUUUUUCCCCUUCAUUACAUUGCACCUGUUUUGCAACUUUAUUUUGGUAGAAUAACUUCUUAACAAAUUAAGGCUCCAGUGCACUUAACUAGUUUUAUUAUUCAUAAGACAUAAUUUUUCCAAAAACCACUGACUGGGAAUAAAGAAAAACAAAUAAAAACAAAAACUCAA